GUAGGAUGUACUGUGCUCAAAUUUUUCUAGCCUUCACUAUUGCUGUGGUGGUAAGCGGUCACCCUAACUGUACAAACUGCGGCUCUAAAAGAUGCAAUGAAUUCGAAGUGGCCGUGGCACAGAGACCUCGACGUGACAGAUUCUGCAGACCAUUGUUCACGCCAACCUGGGAAAUGAGAAGACUCCGCCACUGCGUCUGCAAGCGUGGCUACGUCCGCAACUCGUGGGGAGACUGCAUACCACUGACAAUGUGUAGACGGUGCAAAGGUCGACCACAGAAGGACUGGAACUUGUGUGCGACAGCCUGCCCCGUGGCAUGCGACAUGCCGGUACGCACGUCAUGCAGCAAGACAUGCGUUCCUGGUUGCGACUGCCCGCCAGGUUGGGCAUUGGACCAGGACAAUUGGAAAAGGUGCAUCAAGGUGAAGAGCUGUUCACCAGUGUGUCCUACGCACUCCCAGUUCGAGCCCUGCGUACGCAGCUGCGCACCAAAAUGUGGCAUAACUCCGUCUAAAGAGUGCAAGACCACUUGCUACAGGGGCGAAUGUGUCUGCGAUAAGGGGUUUGCAGAAUUUGUGCAGUACGGAAGGAAAAUAUGCGUGCUCCAGGAACAAUGUGCCUGGUACAUUCGUACACAAUUUCCUGUUACACUCGUAAAGAAUGCUAAUACUAAUAGUGGGGCAAGUCUAGGUGGUGUUGCAAAUCAAGCGCAAGGCACUACGGUACACCCAAGUGCCAUUACUGUGGUUCCUGGCGGUACGCUUUUGCAGGGUUCCUUGGGCAACUUGAUAAAAAUCAAUGGAACUACUGGGGUAGGUACAAUGUUGACUAUAGCACCUGGUGUUGGUGUCGUUACCGGAAGCGGUAACGUUUUAACUCAGGGUACACCGGGUCUACACCCUUCAGUUUCUAUAGAAAACGGAGGAACCUUAAGCACAGUAAUCACAAACCGUCCCGCAGCUACUUCAGCUAUAAGUGGUUCGGCAGUUAGCACAGCCGGCAGCUUUCCCCUUUCUUCUACAGGUAAUGUGGGGUUUGGUUUAAACUUGAGAGACAAACUCCAACCAGCAAGCACCGUAAAUAUUGCAGUUAGUAGUGGCGCAGGUACACUGACCACUGCAACCACAGUUUCACCAGGAACUUCCCAUGUCGGAGGAGGCAUUCCAGGAAUGACAUCUUUUCCAGACGCAUAUCGUAAACUCAUCGUAGGUACCGAUAAUGCACCGCUCUCUGUGCCUGUUGUAAAUGCCUCCGAUAUUAGGGAAAUCUUACUCAGCACGCUCCCAAUGCAUUCUUCGAGAUUAGCGGGGACCCCUACCAAUGCACGUUCUAGUGGUUCUGAAGCUUUGGAUGGCAGUCUUAACAGCAAUAUUCACUCAGUCAGAAGCACCUCAACCGCAUUAAGUGGUGUAGUUCAUUCCCCUGCCACAGCAAGCACACUAGGCAUGCCAUCAACAUUCACCCAACCUUAUAAUAGACCAAACGACGUAUCUUUUAGCGGUGUGCGACAUCCUGGAACCAGCGUAACCACAAACUCCGUGAACACAGUCCCGACUACUCACGGUGUAACUGUAAUCGUACACGGGACUGGCAACAAUUUUAAACCAAACUCAGGCAUUUCAUCAACGUUGAGUGCCACAACUUCUUCUAAUGUCGAAAUUAAUACAAUCGGUGCGCAGCCAUCUUUGGUCUUACAAAGUUUAGGGGGUAGUGCAGCGCCGCACAAUGCUUCCCACUUCGGCGGAGCCAGUACCACCGCAAGUUCCAUAAGUGCACACGCCACGCCUCAAGGCGAUCUUACACGUGGUAUGACGAACAAAGAAGGUAAUAGCCUUCCUGCUGGUGGAACGCACUCCUCUGACCUAAUUACACCAAAUAGUCUGGGGGAACCUGUCGUUAUUACCCCAGGAGUAAAGCCGAAUAGCGGUACGAUGACACUAUCUGUGAUACCUUCAGCCGACACCAUAAGGAAUACAUUGACGAAUGUAGGUAGUGGUACAAACUCGAAUAAUGUCGAACGAUCUGGUAUAAAUGGCUUUGCAGCCCAGUCAGCAGGCGUGCCUACAGGUGGCACAACAGUCAUAGCAGUGUCUAAUGGAUAUCGAACAGUUGUCUCAUCAAGCCCCUCUGGCAAUGUAGCUCAGCAAGGCGGUGGUGUUGCUAUUACAUCAAGUUCUAUGGGAAACGUUCCCGGUCCUAUCAACCUCAGUACGGGUCCAUUGACUGCACACCUCUCAGUACAAGGUAGCACAGCCCCAGGAUUGUCUGCUGGAAGAAAGCCAGUGCAUGGUGCUGCAAAUUUCGGCAUUUCCGGAGUUAAUUCAGCAGUUCCACAUUUUCCUGGUACUGCGGGAUAUAACAAGCUGUUGUUUAGAAGUCAUCUGCGGAGUACACAGACAAUCGGUUCAAUUGUUUCUGGCCAUUCUGUUUUAAAAAAGUUCGCAGAAUUCCAAAGACUGUAUCCCGAAGGAGUUGAUCUAGGGGAUAUCCAGCCGGAACUCAAAAGUCAGGUAGAAGUUUUACGCAGGCGAGGAGCACUGCGCGACGAAAGUUAAUAAAGUUGUGUUGAAAUAUUUGAAUUUUUUUGUUGUCGUGCAAAAAGACAUUGCAGAAAGGGGGGGUUAGGCAUGCUUUCGCUUAUGGGUACGUAGCAGGGCUGGGCAAUAUUUCGGUAUAAAAGUAUCGCGAGUUCUGUCAACAGGAGUCUAUCCCAUCGUUUAACGGCCC